CAGGUGCCGGUUUCGGCGUCGUAUCUGCAUGACGCUGUGCUUGUCUACGCCAUGGCCGUCAAUAAAACGCUUGACCAGGGUCACGAUCUACGAGACGGGAGACGAGUUGCCAGCAAUAUGUUUGGCACCAAGUAUCAAACUAGAUGCUGAAUUACGAGAAGGAAGAUUCACACGUGGUCGAGUUGAAGGCAUGGGAAGACGCCUCAGGCAGCCGCCAUACAAUUCAUGUCUGACCACGGAUCACAGCUAAGAUCGAAAUUGUUGGUUUUGUGAGGGAGGAAAUCCGGAGAACCCGGCUUAAAGUUUUUUGAGAUAGAUCAAGAUAUUGACAAGCUAUAAAUCAACAAAAAGAAUCAACACAAGGUUGAAAAGAUCAAGAUAUUGACAAGCUAUAAAUCAACAAAAAAGUCAACACAAGAAUGAAAAAGUAUGUUGUAUGGCUUUAAUGCCUCUGUGAAACAUGGUAGUUGCACUCACAAAGGGCUAACGCUAGCGAAACUUCAGUGCAACGACUCUGUUUUAAAGAGGCGUACAACAUACUUUUUAAACCUUGUGUUGUUUUAUAGCUUGUCUACACCACGCAUAUGCAGACUAUCUAGUUUUUCUACAUCUUGUUUGUAGUCUUUCGAGUUAAAGCAAAUUAGCAUAUUGACAUGAUAUUUUGUUUCUCGUUUUGAAGGCAUUCUUGGACCAUUUAUGUACAUGAGUGCGACUGGUGAUGUAGAAUACAACUUUACACUCGUCGACUUCAAGGAAAAAGGGAAAGAAAUGGUGCUAGAGACUGUAGGAAUAUUCCAGGCAACAGCCAAUCAGAACGCGUCUCAGAGGCUCGUUUUGGUCGGCAAUGCUAGCGUCGAGUGGCUGAAUGGAGGAUCGACGCCCGUGGACGUACCGGCUUGCGGUUUUACCGGCCAACUAUGUAUCAGUACCAAGUUCGAGCUAACGACCAUAGAGAUUGUGUGUAUCGUCUUGGGGUCGCUUCUCCUGGUCGUGUUUUUCGCUGGAGGCGUUAUCUACAGGAAACAGCAGCUGGAGAAGGAGCUUGAGGAUGAACAAUGGCGAGUGGACUUCCGUGACGUCAUCAUCCGGUCACGUCAGAUGGGGUCCCUUCGAAGCCAGGUCAGCUUAGUGUCGACCGACAGUUUUGAUAAUAUCAACCAGCGUCAGAUAUUCACCACAGUCGGGAUAUAUAAGUCCAACAUGGUGGCGAUCAAGAGGAUUAACAAACGUCAAAUUGAGCUGACGCGAGAAAUCAAAUACGAGAUGAAACUGAUGCGCACUGUAAGGCACGAGAACUUGGUGACGUUCACCGGCGCAUGCGUAGAGCCACCUAACAUCUGCAUCUUGCUGCAAUAUUGUCCCAAGGGCAGCUUACAGGACAUUUUGGAGAACGAAGACAUUAAAUUGGAUAGCAUGUUUGUGAACUCGCUGCUCACAGAUAUCGUCAAGGGAAUGGCAUACCUACAUAGUACAGAGAUUCGCUCCCAUGGUCGACUCAAGUCCCCGAACUGUGUGGUGGAUGGCCGCUGGGUACUCAAAAUCACUGACUACGGGCUUAACAAAUUCAAGUCGAACCAGGAUAUUAGUGAAGAGGAGGGAGAGUACGCCAUGUAUUACCGUAAGCUUUGGACUGCACCGGAGCUUCUUCGAGCGGCUGACCCACGACCAAGGGGGACCCAGAAAGGCGAUGUGUACAGCUUUGGUAUCAUCGUACAAGAGUUGCUCACGCGAUCAGGGCCAUUCGACUUGUCUUACUACACUAACGAACCUUCAGAUAUAAUCGAGAAAGUGACGCGUGUCGAGAGUCCGCCCUUUCGUCCAAAGCUCAGUACCAUUGUCCUGGAAGGGCCGACCGUGGCUGGUAUUGUUGACCUGGCUAAAUGGUGCUGGGAGGAAAACCCAGAUCAUAGACCGGACUUUGAAGAGAUAAGAAAGACCGUCAGGAAACUGCCUAUGGGGAAGCAAUCGAACAUUAUGGAUAACAUGGUAAAUUUGUUGGAAAAAUACGCCAAUAAUUUAGAGAGUUUGGUGGAAGAAAGAACAAGUCAGCUAGCAGACGAGAAACGAAAAACAGAAAACUUACUGAACAGAAUGUUACCACCAUCAGUAGCCAAGGAUUUGGUGCAUGGGAAACAAGUAACAGCCGAGAACUUUGACGAAGUCUCUAUAUUUUUCAGUGAUAUUGUUGGAUUUACGUCACUUUCCUCAGAAAGUACCCCACUACAGGUCGUGGACUUGUUGAAUGACUUGUACACUCUCUUCGAUGAAAUCAUCAACAACUACGAUGUCUACAAGGUAGAGACGAUAGGUGACGCGUACAUGGUGGUCAGCGGUCUGCCUAUCCGUAACGGUCACCAGCACGCGGGUGAGAUUGCUACUAUGGCACUGCAUAUGCUCCGGGAGAUCGACUCGUUCAAGAUCCGACACCGGCCUAACGACAAACUCAAGCUCCGUAUCGGGAUACACUCGGGCUCGUGUGUAGCGGGAGUUGUGGGCAAGAAAAUGCCACGGUAUUGUUUAUUUGGAGAUACCGUAAAUACGGCCUCGAGAAUGGAGUCGAACGGAGAAGCGUUAAAGAUUCAUAUCAGUCCGUCGACAAAGCGAAUCCUUGAUGAGCUUGGGGGAUACCACAUCCAAAAAAGGGGAAAAGUCUUCCUCAAGGGUAAGGGUACAUGGAUCACGUACUGGCUCGUGGGCUCAGAUCUCGCACAGCGGUCUCAUUGGAGACUUGUCAAGAAAAUGCUGCCAAAGCUAUCAAAGCCUGACAUAUACUCCAGCGUCAAGUUAUUAUAAUAAAAUACUUGUGACAUAUAAACUCUCCAAGUGGCAUUAUGUGAUGUUGUCAAAGAGGAAAGACUAUCAUCACGAGGUGCGGGCACACCAAAUAUGUAUACCUAUCCCUAACAAUACAACUAUUUGUGAGGAGAACGGUAAUUGGGUCAAAAAGAACCAAAUUAUAUGCGAUAGCAAAACCGCGCACAUGAUCCGCGCAUUUGAAAGAACAACUGCUGGUCACCAAAACGAGGCUAUCGAUGGCUGUCAUCGUCCUUCACAAAAACAAGGGACGUUGAUCCAAGCCUAAACGGACCGCAGCAUUCAUCAGUAUUUAAAUUGUACAUAGUUUAAAGGUUAAGACAUGGUGGUAAGCAUUGCAUUAUCAGAGGGAUCUAACAGAUUGUACAUAAGUCGCAGAGUAAAAAAUAUAUAGUAAAAAAUUUAUGAGAAAAUAAAAACAAUGGGGGAAUCUAA